CGCGGGGAGCCUGCCGGGUGUGCAGUGUGGGAGCGGGGGGUGGGCGACCAUGGCGCCGACGUUCCUUCACCGGUACUGGGACAUCCCCGACGGCACCGAGUGCCACCACAAGGCCUACGCCAGCGCCAGUAUCGGUGGUGCCGCUGGCCUGAUCAUCUCCGCCUACAGCGUCGUGCUCAAGCCCCCAGCCUCCUUCCUGGAGGGAGUGGCAAGGACAGGCCGGUACACAUUUACCGCAGCCGCCAUCGGCGCCAUAUUUGGCCUCACCUCCUGCGUCAGUGCCCAGGUCCGUCAGAAGCCGGACGACCCCCUGAACUACUUCAUCGGAGGCUGCGCCGGAGGCCUGACUCUCGGAGCACGCACUCACAGCUACGGGAUCGGAGUCGCCGCCUGCGCCUACAUGGGCCUGACAGCCGCCCUGGUCAAGAUGGGCCAGCUGGAGGGCUGGAAGCUGUACACGGAGCCCAAGGUGUGAGCCCCGCCGCCCCGGGCCUCGGGCAGACCGAACCGCAUCUAAAAAUAAAUGCCGCGUACAUUCA